UUUACGUUGAAUAAGUAAUUAAAUUGUUACGUAUUAUUCCCACAAGCGUGCAAUUUAUCCGGUUUCCAGCUCGCAACUUUGAAAAUAGAGCCACAAAAGGAAGCUGCAGAGGCGCAUGAGCACGUUGCGAAACGAGAUCAUUCGUCACGAUGGCAUCCCUCGAAAGUGCUAAAAAACUGGCGGCCUACAAAGCUGUGGACCUCCACGUGCAAAACAAUUCCAUUGUGGGUGUCGGCAGCGGCUCCACCGUUGUUUACGCCGUUGAGAGGUUAGCCGAACGUGUGAAAAACGAAAAAUUAAAUGUACAGUGUGUCCCAACGUCCUUUCAAGCCAGGCAAUUGAUCAUCCAGCACAGGCUGCACCUAACCGACCUAGAGAUACAUCCAAGAUUGGAUGUUUGCAUUGAUGGUGCCGAUGAAGUUGAUUCCACCUUGACAUUGAUUAAAGGAGGUGGGGGAUGCUUAUUGCAGGAGAAGAUUGUUGCUAGCUGCGCCAAGGAGUUAAUUAUUAUAGCGGAUUAUACCAAAAAUUCACAAAAGCUGGGGGAACAAUACAAAAAGGGGAUUCCGAUUGAAGUUGUUCCGAUGGCCUAUCUCCCCAUUAAAACGCAAAUUGAAAACCAACUGGGAGGGACAGUUGAGCUCAGAAUGGCUAAAGCCAAAGCUGGACCUGUGGUCACCGAUAAUGGGAAUUUUAUCCUGGAUUGGAAAAACUUCCAGGAUUAUAAAUGGGACACAAUCAACACCAAAUUGAAUCUCAUUCCGGGAGUUGUGGAGACGGGACUAUUUGUUAACAUGGCCAAGAAGGCCUAUUUUGGGUUGGCCGAUGGGUCAGUCAAAGAACAAAUUUAAUUCAUCCAUUGAUUUAUUUGAAGGAAUGUUAUUUAAAAAUAUAUAUUUUAUAUUUUUAUAUGUUGUAUUUUCAAAAUUAAAUAAAGCAUCUCGUGCAACACA